GCUCUCCUCUCCCGAUCCCUCUCCCUCUCCCUCCAUCAUAGCUGAGAUUCCUUCCCGAUACGAUCAUCGGAGCGAAUUUUCAACAAAGAAAACCCUCCCGCUUAAUCCGACGGCAACUCUCAACGAAACCCUCCCCACCCCUUCAAUCAACGUCCCUCUACGUCGCUGCCUCCCUUCGCGGUUCCGCCUCCUCCACAUUGUUCGACAUUAUAUAUUUCCUCCCUCUUUUUUUUUUUUUUGCGUGCGGGAUAACCCUUCAUCCUGUUCGUUCAACGAGAGGAUAUCUCCAGCGUCGUUCUGUUCUGUUCCUUCCUUGCUGAUAGCCGACAAGCAAUCAGAGCUUUGGGGCCUAUUGGAUUGGACAUAAAAUUGUACAAUGACUGCUCAUGAUGCUGAUGUUGUUCGCUGGGGCCUCCAUCUCCUAGAUGUUUGUUCCAUAUCGAAUGCUGGUUCGUGCAGCAGCGUCACUCGAUACGACCCAGACCUCAGUCAGGUCCAAUAUGUGAGGGAAGGCUAUGUUGAGGCAGAUCAGGCUUGUGUUGAGAAUGAUGAGAUCAUUGCACUGGCUUUUCAAGAAGAGUUGUCCCGACUUGCCCUUCAUGAGGCUUCAGCAGAGCCUCCUUCUGGGAUGGAUGACUUGCAAGCGUCUAUCCUUGCUCAGGAUUGGGUCGCUCCAUCGAAAAGAUUCUCCGAUACUCAUCCCAGUGUGGUGGAGAACCAUCAUGAACUUGCUGGUGACUCGAGUAGGAAAGAGGAAGAAAUACAUGAUGAGGUAGGGACAGGUGUUUCUUAUCCUAGCUCGGGAGAAUUACACGUCGAGGAAGAUUUUACGGAUCAAUUGGACAUAGCAGAUGAGUCUCUUGAUGGCGAAGUGGGGAAGAGAUUGAAUCAGAUGGUUCCUAUUCCUCACAUCCCUAAAGUGAAUGGGGAAAUGCCUUCUGCUGAUGAAGAGGUAUCGGAUCAUCAGAGGCUUCUAGACAGAUUGCAGCUGUAUGAUCUGGUUGAGAACAAAAUUCAAGGAGAUGGUAACUGUCAGUUUCGUGCUAUAUCAGAUCAACUAUACCGAUCUCCCGAGUACCACGAAUUUGUGAGGCAGGAAAUUGUUCAGCAGCUAAAAUCUCACCCUGAAUUGUAUGAUGGUUACGUUCCAAUGGCUUACGCGGACUAUCUGAAGAAAAUGAGCAAGUGUGGAGAAUGGGGUGAUCAUGUCACAUUGCAGGCUGCUGCAGAUUCAUACGGGGUUAAGAUUUUUGUAAUAACUUCAUUCAAAGACACAUGCUAUGUUGAGAUCCUUCCACACAUUCAGAAGUCUAAACGAGUUAUUUUCUUGAGUUUCUGGGCUGAGGUGCACUACAAUUCAAUUUAUCCCGAAGGAGAUCUGCCUUUUCCGGAGAAUAGAAGGAAGAAGAAGUGGUGGGAUGUUCUGAAACUGUGAUUCAAUACAACCCCGUCUUUGAUCAAGCUCGUCUCCAGCGUUCUAUCUGGGAGAGCUUUCGGCGCGUAGUCAGUCAUUACAGCUGGGUCCCCUGACUAACCUAUGAUCGGUGAUUCUGGUAUUUGUUGAUUUCAUCAGGAUGGUUUCCGCAUCGCCCCUCGUAUGGCUACUUACAUGUACAUAUUCCGUUAUUUACUUUGUUUCCCCAGUUUUGAGUUUCUGAUUUGAUUGUUUUCCCACUACGCUACCUCCUUGUAUAUACUGGUAUAGAUGGAUUAGAUCUGACUUCAUUGAUUCGUUAUAGUGCAUCAAUACAGUUUAGACAAUUCUUUCCCGCC